AGAGAGCCAUGUACUAACUGUGUAUAUGUAUGUAUGUGAGUGUGUGUGUGCGUGUGUCUAGUUACAGUGUGUUAAACCUAGCCACUCUGAAUUACAGCAUGAAAAAAGAGACCUGUCCGAUCACAAACACACACACACACACUCUGCCAAACAGGUUGGAUGAGUGCAGGUAGAGAGGAGGAAGGGCUUUUCUAAUGUCAGUACACACACACAGAAGCUAGCUUUCAGCAGACAGUUCAACUAAAACACAGCCAGGGCAGACUAACAGGUGUAACUGUGAGCCCUUUGGGCAGGCAGUUACUGUAGACAGGUAAAUAGUCAGGAAGGUCUAGGUAAGCAGUCAUAGAAGUAACCAAGCAGUGUGUUUUGUCGGCAGGCAGAGUGUCAGGUAGUCAGGUAAACAAGCAGGCAGCUCUCCCUGUCUGCUGUAGCGUUGUAGCUGGAGAAACAGCACACAAAAGAAGCUAUCACAACAGCCUUUAUCCUCUGCUGCCCCCUCUUUGAGACACACACACAGACUGAGGCAACUACCGGGGCGUUCAGCCAGAUCUGCUUUAUAAGGUCAUUUGAAACACCAGAUUCAUUCCAGCACAUUAACCGCAUAAUCAAUUUAAGAGUUUGUCUUGGGUCAUUAUUACCUGCUGGAGGACCAUCUGUUCACCGAGGCUGGCUGAGAACUCUGCCAGGUGACAUCAUGGCGUACAGGAAGGUGGGCGAUGCUCAGGGUGGCCCAAUGGUUGGUGAGGUUCUUCACUGCUCUGGAGGUCUGGAUCUUGACUGGGACCUGGACAAGGAGGAGCUCCAGAAACCAGGAACCAGCAUGGACCGUAUGCAGAUGCAACAUGUAGACUGCCAGCGAUCAGCGUGUUCAGACCCCGGCCCUGAUCCUGACCCUGAGCUGAUGGAAUCAAUUCAGUCAUCUGUCUCGGUUUCACCACAUGGACGAUUUGAACGCCUCCAGGAGGAUCCCAACUACAUCUCCCACUUCACCAGGGCCCCGGGCCAUAAAGGCCAACGACGACUGCAUUGCUUCCUGCUAAGGUACUUAUUGACAGGGGUGGGACUUUUUGUCCUGGGUCUCCUGGUUGGCUGGUUCAGUCAUACGCCUGCUGUCAAACCAGCUGCUCCACCCUCCGACAGCUCAGACCUGCUAGAGGAGCUGCUGAGAGGAAUCACAGCCGACAAGAUAGAUGCUCUUCAAAAGUCUUUCUCCAGCCUAUCCGAUGACAGUGAGGAAGCCAGGGCCAGGUACCUCUACAGACAGUGGGUGGGACUUGGUUUGACCGAUGUUCGUCUGUUCAACCACACGGUCCUGCUCAGCCUGCCUGGUUCCACACCCAACACCGUCACUGACAGGUCUAGUCACCAGUGUUUCCUGCCAAACGGGAUCCCCUGUGAUCAGCGUGGACAGAACGACAUGCCCAAGCAGCGGUUCGCCUACGCAGCCUACUCCGCUGUUGGAAGUCUGCAGGGGGAAUUGGUGGAUGUCCAGUAUGGCAGUGUGGAUGACCUGAGGAGAGCCAAAGACAGCUUGAACCUCACCAACCAGAUUGCUCUGGUCAAGCUUGGCCAAGCACCUCUGCUGUACAAGCUGUCUUUGCUGUCUGAGCUGGGUUUUGGAGGUGCUCUGAUCUACAUUGACCCAUGUGACGCCCCACCUGGACGCCACACAUGGCAUCAAGCCUUCAGAGUCACUCUCAACCCUGGAGGAAACCCUGCCAUUGCUGAUUUGUCAAGACAGGCUGGAGGUAGUCUGACAUCUCUGUUGGUUCAGCCCAUCUCCGCCUUCCUGGCAAAGACGUUACUGUCUUCUUCAUCCACAGGACAAGGAGACUCCUGUGUUCCCCUCGCCAUGCCUCCCAGUGCGGAACGAAAGAAGAUUACCCUGACUGUCGGAAACCAGCUGUCCUACAAAAAAAUCUACAAUAUUGUGGGAUAUCUGAAAGGAAGGAGGAACCCAGAUCGCUAUGUGCUGGUUGGCAGUCGUCAUGACAGCGACCAGGGAGGUGGAGCUUCAGCUAUUAUGAAUCAGCUCAUCGCUGCGCUGACAGAGCAGACCAAACGAGGAUGGGUGCCAGAUCGUACCACUGUGUUUUGCUCGUGGGGAGGCUCAGCCCUGGGGAACAUUGGGUCCUUUGAGUGGGGAAAGGAUAACAGCGUUGUCCUUAAGAGCAGUGCGGUGGCCUAUGUUAGCCUGAACUCUCCAGUUAGAGGGACAGAGACUCUCAGAGCUACAGCGUCUCCAACACUACUGCAGCUCACCUCAGAUAUACAGAGAAGACAGCUGCUGAGUUGUAUUCGUGGUGGGAACUGCCCCGGACCCAAUGUGAGCUCUCUGCAGUUGCCUGGAGAUGUGGAUUUCUUCGCCAACCAACUGGCUGUGCCCACCAUGGAGUUUGCCUUUGAGCAGACCAAAGCAGAAGAGGCCAACAGUUUCCUGUCAGAGGCCCAGUUUUCUGCUGAAUCACCAGAGACUCUGGAUCCACUUUUCAAGUUCCAUGAGACCAUUGCUAAGAUGACAGCAGAAGCCAUUCUCCGUCUGGUUAAUGAUCCUGUGCUGCCAUUCUACCCUCUGGACAUUGCCCUGGAUGUUCAAAACAAACUCAAAGAGAAGAGAGUGGUAUCUCAGGCCCUGCUGUCUUCAGCCUCCUCUUUGAGAGACCAUGCAGCUUUCUUCCAGUCAGAAACUAUGCGACCGGCAAAUGACCCUAAAGAGCGCGAUCCCUCCCACGUGCGGAUGCUGAAUGAUGUACUCCGUGACCUGGAGAAGAGCUUCAUCAUCCCACAGACACCGCCCGGAGUGUACAGGAACCUGUUGUACAGCCUUCCAGGGAAAACUCCUCAGUUUUCCAUCCUCAGGUUCUCACAGGAGGCUGCCCUGCAUUGCAAUGUCACCAGCAAAGUAGCCAAACACAACUCAGCAGAGAAGGAAGUACUGUGCCACAGCACCAUGAACCAGUCUCUGUCCCUCAUCCUCAGGGCCAUCCAGUCAGCUGAUAGGCUGGUGUGUUUUGGUUUGGACUUGUUUGAAAAUUAUCCAAAUGACAUAUGAUCUCGGCUCAACAAUGAGCUUUAAUGCACUCAAAAGCAAAAAAAUACCACUGAUCAAUAAAGUUUAAAUACAUGCAAACAUUAAGAUACAAUUGACUCUCUGACUGACCUUGUCCAAAACUUCCCCUUACUCAAAAAGUUAUAAGUCAAAAGUUAAGAAUCCUCAAAAACAAAUACUGAAUCAAUUUAGACAGUAUGCAGUACAAAAUGUAGUGAGAAGUUUUAGACUUAAACCUAGAAAAUGAUUUUCAUAUCAGGGGUAAAUAUUUGUUUUCUGAUUGAUGAAUGUAGUAAAACUGACUUGUUGCACACUAGCUUUUAGAUAUGCAAAUAAUAUUGACACAGUGGGGUCAUUUAAAUUGCACUAUACCCUCCUCCAAUGAAAGCAGGCCAGUAAUGUAACAGUAAUUUUUGCAUUGUUAAUUUUCUUUCAGCAGACAUUUGCUCUGUUGUCCAUGCUUUCCUGGAUAAAUCCCAGCACAGGAGGUUUUGAGAAAACUAAAGCACCAGUUCAGAAAUGCUUACCUGAAAAAUUAGGAAAAUGUUAAAAGAUCUGAAUUCUGUUUUUACAGGUGUAGCCAUGUUAAAGAAAGAAAGUGGUUAUAUGGGGUUACACUUUAGUAACACACAGUGGGAGAUGGGUAAGCUGAAUAAAAAAACAAGACAUUG